AUGGCCGACUCCAAAGCGCCCGAGAAGGCGAAAUACGGCAUGACCGGUCCGAUGUCCUUGGCUUUCCCUGAACCCGUGGACGAGCAGAAGAAUGGUGAACUAAUUGAGGAGUUGAAGAGGGAAAAGAACUAUGAGAACGAGAUGGGAACGAAGAAGCGGAUAGCAACACUCAAAGUCCUGAGCAAAGCCACUCAAGAAUUCGUCAGAGAGGUUAGUCGCAAGCAGGGACUGCCUCCAUCCCAAAUCAACCAGUUCGGAGGCAAAGUCUAUCCCUACGGUAGCUAUCGCCUCGGAGUCUUCGGUCCCGGCUCAGAUAUUGAUACACUCGCCGUCGCUCCUCGACACGUUAAGCGCGAGGAUUUCUUCGACUACUUCCCAGGUGUUCUCAGACGAGUGACCGAGGAAGAAGAAUUGACCGCUGGAGUUACCUCGCUGGUUCCAGUCCCCGAUACCUUCGUUCCCAUCAUCAAACUCAUCCUUAACGGCAUCGAGAUUGAUCUGAUCUUUGCCUCUAUCACCACUCUGCAAACGAUUCCGCCGAAGCUUGACCUGAAUGACAACAGCCUCUUGAUGGGUCUUGACCAGUCCUCCAUCCGUGCAAUCACCGGUCCUCGUGUCACUGAUGAACUCCUUACUCUGAUCCCUGAACCGAAGACUUUCCGACAGGCACUGCGAGCAAUCAAAUUGUGGGCGAAACGAAGAGCAGUCUAUGCCAAUAUUGUUGGCUAUCCCGGAGGCAUCGCUUGGGCCCUGAUGGUUGCGAGAGUCUGCCAAUUCUACCCGCAUGCAGUGGGUGCCACACUUGUCGACAGAUUCUUCUACAUUAUGACCGAGUGGGGUUGGCCUACUCCGGUGAUGCUGAAGGACAUCGAGCAGCCAGAGCCUAAACAAACUGCACAGGGCUUCAAAGUGUGGAAUCCUGCCAUUUACAAGCAAGACAGGGCGAAUCUCAUGCCCAUCAUCACCCCGGCAUUCCCCAGCAUGUGUGCGACAUACAACAUUACCGAGUCGACCAAGAAAGUCAUCAUCAACGAGAUCAGACGGGCUAGUAAAAUCACCCGCAACAUCUUUGCAGGCAAGGCACAGUGGAGUGACUUGUUCAAGCAGCAUACUUUCUUCACGGCCGACCACAAGUAUUAUCUGACCGUGAUUGCGAGCGCAUUCAAUCCCGAUGCUGCCAAGAAGUGGUCUGGUCUUGUUGAAUCCAAGGUUCGUCACCUGGUCAUGAGGUUGGAAGACAUGAAAGACAGCAUUGUCCUUGCUCGCCCCUUCACCAAAGGAUUCAAACGUCUCCACAAGUGCAGGAACGAAGAACAAAUUCGUGAGGUACAAAAGGGCAGCCUGAAGUACAAGACAGAGGAGACCAAGGCUGUCGAGACAACAGAUCCCCAGUUGGUGAUGACGAAUGGAAACGCCACCCCAGUGCCUCUAUCGAACGGCGAGGACGGGGAAAUGGGCGUGGAUACGCACACAGUGUAUACUUACACCUACUAUAUCGGCAUCGACACCCAAGCGAAGGGCAGCCUAAAUCUGGUGCCCGCCUUCCAAGCGUUCAAGUCCAUCUGUUCGGGAUGGAACAAUUACAAUCCCGAAGUCCAUUUCCUGAAUCUCGCCGUGUCAAAGAGUUGGGAGUUACCUGACGACCUCUUUGAUGCCAAGGCUGGGGAAACCCGACCGAGCAAGCCGGUUAAGAAGGUAGUUAAGACUGCGAACACAGAGACAAAGCCGGUAAGACGAAGCAUCAACGAAGUCGAGGGCGCUCAAACGAAUGGCGAGGCUGCCGCGAAACGACCCCGACUCAUGACACCCACCGCCACACCCACACCAGCUGCUACACCAGCCUGA